CCGCCGCCGCCGCCGCCGCUCGUCUCCAAUGGCAUCCUUAGCCCGCGCCGCCGCCGCCGCCGCAAGGACCGUGCUCCGCCCGGCGCCCCUCGCCGGUCGCGUCCUCGGCUCGCCGCUCCCCGCGCCCCUCGCGUCGUCUCCUGCCCCCGCCCGAGCCGCCCGUAUCCUUCGCAGGACGGCAGCGGCGUCCGCGGGGCUGGAGACGCUGACGCCCCUGCACAGCGCGGUGGCGGGGGCGCGGCUGAGGUCCUGCAUCGCCGCCGACUCCUCCUGCUGGAGCUCGCUCUCCCAAGGUUUAAAAAAGCGCAUCUGAUCAUGGCUAGGAGCUGUGCUGCAGUGAAGUGAAGACACUGAGUUUAGACAAAGUGCAUUUAUUCGCAGAUAGUUCUAGAACUGAGUUUUUGCUGUUGCUCCAUUGCGUGUACUCUUGUUAGCACAGCAAUGGAGCGAGCAAAAAAAUAUCUCCUUUGUAACAACAUGCUUGAUUCUGAUUUUCAGUCCAUCUUGAUAAUGGCCAAUAAUAGAUUCCUGUUUUUAUUUUGAGCUGGAGAAAAGCAACUCAUUGAAAUGAGGCAUUGCUUGUGUAUUCAUGACCUGACUUGCUCUUAUAUUUGGUGAUAUAGGAUACGCUUUGCCUUUGUGACAGAGAGCUAGCUGCGCCUGAAGAAAUCAAUGAACAUUAGGAAUUACAGACAUUGCGGGCUGUAACACCAAUAACUGUGUGGUGUUGCCUUCCAACUUGUUUUGGUUUUGUAAUUUGCCUCAUCUGAGUUUUUGAAUAAUAUCCGCUGAUUCUGGGCUCUAUGCCCUAUUCACAACAGUUGAUUGGUGAUAUAUCAUGAGCUGCGUCACCCUUGUUGGAAA